GGGGUUGAGGAGAGGCGGUGGACGUGGGGCCAGCCGUCGCCGGGCUGGGGAGGCCGCGCUCUCCCUCCCGGGGAGCGUUAGGGUGGGGAGGGGCGUUGUUCCCGGCAGUGGGUCGGGGCCCCCCCCGGGGCCUGUCUGCCUCCCCUGGCGGUGCGGGGCAGGGGGAAGGGAUCAGGAACGCUGUCCGCUGAGAGCGCGUUCAAGGGUUGGUGUUAAGGGGAGGGCAAAGGUGGGGGAGAGCCGCCGCGGGAGGGCAGGAUGGCGGCGGCGGGCCAGGAGCCGCGCCGUCCGCAGGCAGAGUCUGGCCGAGGGGCCAGGAAGGCGCUCCCGUGACUCUCAGUGCGGGGCAGCUUAGCGGCAAGCCUCGAGAAACAUCUUCAAGGUCUCACACAUUCAAAACCAAGUCUUUUAAGAAAUCCAAAAUUUGUGGAAUCUGCAAACAAGUAAUUGAUAGCCAAGGCAUUUCCUGCAGAGUUUGCAAGUAUGCCUGCCACAGGAAAUGCGAAGAAAAGGUGGUGACACCCUGCCUUUUGCCAAGCAACUAUGAACUGGCUAACAACUCUGAGGCCCUUAAAAAUCACGUGAUUAGAACUGGUUCCAGCAGUACUUCGAAGAACUUGCCUUUCAGUUGUGACAAAGGAUCGAGAAGUGCAGAAUUUGAUCACAUUAUGGAGGAAGGCUAUGAACUUGACCUCACUUACAUCACAGAGCGGAUCAUUGCCGUAUCGUUUCCUGCUAGCUGUUCUGAGGAAACUUACCUUCACAAUCUACAAGAUGUGACCCGAAUGCUCAAAUCCAAACAUGGAGAUAAUUACUUGGUGUUAAACCUCUCAGAAAAGAGAUAUGACCUUGCCAAGCUUAACCCAAAGAUUAUGGAUGUGGGGUGGCCUGAUCUCCACGCUCCGCCUCUUGAUAAGGUGUGCACCAUCUGCAAGGCUAUGGAGUCAUGGCUGAACAAUGAUCCUCAACAUGUGGUGGUGAUUCAUUGCAGAGGAGGAAAAGGAAGAAUAGGCGUAGUCAUAUCAUCGUAUAUGCAUUUCACCAAUGUUUCUGCAAGUGCUGAUCAGGCUCUAGAUAGAUUUGCUAUGAAGAAAUUCUUUGAUGAUAAAGUUUCAGCUUUAAUGCAGCCAUCCCAAAGAAGAUACGUGCAAUUCUUAAGUGGGCUUCUCUCCGGAUCUGUAAAAAUGAAUGCAACUCCUCUUUUCCUGCACUAUGUUAUCCUUCAUGGCAUCCCAAGCUUUGAUGCUGGGGCAGCUUUCCGGCCUUUUCUGAAGCUGUAUCAGGCUAUGCAACCAGUUUAUACAUCUGGAAUAUAUGUAGGACCAGAAAAUCAGACCCGAAUCUGCAUUGCUAUAGACCCUGCCCAGCUUUUGAAGGGAGAUAUUAUGCUGAAGUGUUAUCACAAAAAAUACCGGUCAGCUACUCGUGAUGUGGUUUUUCGCCUUCAGUUUCACACUGGAGCUAUUCAAGGACAUGGCCUGGUGUUUAGCAAAGAGGAUUUGGACAGUGCCAACAAAGAUGACCGUUUCCCUGAUUAUGGCAAAGUGGAAUUAGUGUUUUCAGGAACUCCAGAGAAGAUUCAAGGAUGUGAAUACUUGCAGAAUGACCAUGGAGUGAUGAUUGAUUACAAUACCUCAGACCCACUAAUACGCUGGGAUUCCUAUGAAAAUAUGAGCCCUGAUGGGGAAGUGCUGCAUACCCAAGGUCCCAUUGAUGGCAGUCUGUACGCAAAAGUGAGAAAGAAGAGCUCUUCAGACAGCAGCAUCCCUGGUGUUGCUCAGGGUGUUCCCGUGACUGGCAGUCCUGAUCACAGUGAUCAUACCCUGUCUGUCAGCAGUGAUUCAGGACACUCAACAGCUUCCAUCAGGACAGACAAGACUGAGGAGCACCUUGGGCCAGGAGUCAAACGGGGUCUGAGCCUACAAGAAAAGGCUGAACUGGACCAGUUACUUAGUGGCUUUGGUCUGGAGGAUCCUGUCAGCACCACCAAGGAUAUGACUGAUGUUCGAAGCAAGUACAGUGGAACUCACCACAUAGUCCCAGCUCAAGUUCAUGUGAAUGGAGACACCAAACUGAAGGACAGGGAGACUGAUAUUCUGGAUGACGAAAUGCCUAAUCAUGACCUUCACAGUGUGGACAGCAUUGGGACUUUGUCUUCCUCUGAAGGGCAGCACUCCACCCACCUAGGGAACUUUAGUUGUCACAAAAGCAGUCAGAACUCACUUCUUUCAGAUGGCUUUGGAAGUAAUGCUGGGGAAGAGCAUCACAAUGCUUUUGCUCCAGACCUGGGAAUUGGUGUGGAUCCCCUCUAUGAGAGAUCAUUUGGAAGCACUGAACCAAAGUCAACUCGGCAAUUGCAACAGAAUCCCUGUACCUCACCCCAGCCUCAAGCCUAUGGCCCAAGCAACUACUCUACUCAGACCUGGGUACGCCAGCAGCAGAUGGUCACUCACCAAUAUGGUUUUGCACCAGAGAAUGAAAUCAGGGUUGGCAUUCAUAACACUGUGGGGAGUGUCCAGAGACAGGCCCAAGUCCCGGACACCCCAACACGUGGUUCCAGCAGCAGAGAUGCUGUGCAAAGGGGCCUGGGAAGCAUGCCAUGUGCUACUGAAGCUGCAGAACAUGCCAGUGGUGAGACUUUGAAGUCAAGGCCAGUGCCUCAGAGGGACACAAAUGCCCUGGAUCGAAGACAGAACUCGGAUGACUUGCCAGCUUCUCCAACUUUGGAUAUUGAUCAGUCUAUUGAGCAACUGAACAGGCUUAUCUUGGAGUUAGACCCUACAUUUGAACCUAUCCCGACCCGCAUUAACACUGUCCCCAGGGACAGAAAUCAAGUAAAUGGCUUCACCAGCCUUGAUGUAGAUGUUGAAGGUCUUGGCAGGAGUCCUGGCCGCCAUGAUAAGUUAGAGGUCACAAAUAGGAAUCCCUCCCGGCAUGAUUCUGGUCAUCUCCCAAAGGAAGUAGGAGUCACUAUCAGUUCUCUUCCAUUUGUAAAGUCAGCAACAGAUAUGCAAGAUGAUGAUGCAACAGGAGGAAGGAUCAGAAAGUUAAGUGUUGGGCAGUAUGACAAUGACGUCGCUGGGCAGCUGUCAUAUAACAGAUGUGGGUGGAUGAAGUCUCCUGCUACUGACCAGGCUGUAAAUCCAGGAUCACCAGUUCCUGUAGGGGAGACCAAGGAGAUGGCUGUUGCACAUUACCAAGAUGAAAUAGAUGGGGGAAUGUUUUCUCCAACAAAAAAUGGAAAUAAAGCUGCUCCAUCAACACCAGCUUUUCCCCUGUCACCAGAGACACCAUACAUGAAAACACCUCCCCUGUACCAUCAGCGGAUUACCUCCAGCCAAAACGUCAGCAGCCCAUCUGAGCUGUACAGAGCUAGUCCUGAAUCUCGAAGUUACACAGAAGCCAUUAACCACUCUCUGGUGAUGUCUGACAGCACUGUGGACACUAACCCUCCUUUGCUGAGGGCCAGCAUGCAGAUGGAUCCCUCCUUCCAGCACUGUUUUACAUCUUCAUGUACUGUUUCAAGCAACAGUCCUAUUCCAGGAGGAGAAAGCUCUUCUGCAACAGAAAGCCCUUGGCUUGAAAGCAACCCUAAAGCUACCCCAUCUCUCCAGCUUUCAAUGGGAAACAGCAGGCCACCAGGAGGUUACCUUGUACCCUCUGAAUUUUCAAAUGCCAUGCAGGAUGUCUCUCUCUUGUCUCAUUUCCAAACACCAGGACUGCAAGUCAUCACCCUGAGCAGCCUGGAGAAUUCACCAGCAGAGCCACAGCAAGAACCUGCUGUCAGCAGCAGUACCCAGGCCUACCUGAGCUACAGCGGGGGCAACAUGGGGAGUAACUCCCCCCGAGAGCAGAAACAAGCUAAUUUCAUAGCCAAUGCUAGCAUCUCUCCUAAAACUAUGAGCUCACCAGUGGCAAAUGAAGAGGACAAUGGCUUUUUGACACAAAACUUUGUUACAGUGGCCUCUGGACAUGACAGGCAGAACAGUGUGGUUCAGCAGCACCGUGGAGGGAACAUACAUGCUCAACCGCCUCUUCCAGAGAAAAAGAGGUCCUCUGAAGGAGACCGUUCCUUUACCUCUGUGUCACCUUCUUCAAGUGGCUUCUCUAGCCCCCACAGUGGAAGCACAAUCAGCAUCCCCUUCCCAAAUGUCCUCCCAGAUUUCUCAAAAAUGUUAAGCACUUCCCCAGUGCCAGAGAACACAACUGAUAAGCAUGUGACUGUAAAAUUUGUCCAGGACACAUCCAAGUUCUGGUACAAGCCAGAUAUUUCAAGAGAACAAGCCAUUGCUGUUCUCAAGGACAAGGAACCUGGAUCAUUCAUUGUUCGAGACAGUCACUCUUUCCGGGGAGCCUAUGGGCUAGCAGUGAAAGUUGCUACACCACCUCCUUCUGUGCUGCAGUUAAACAAAAAAGUUGGAGAUUUGUCUAAUGAACUUGUAAGGCAUUUUCUGAUUGAAUGUACUCACAAGGGAGUACGCUUGAAAGGAUGCCCAAAUGAACCAUAUUUUGGAAGUUUGACAGCUCUGGUGUAUCAGCAUUCCAUCACUCCACUGGCAUUGCCCUGCAAGCUCCUUAUCCCAGACAGAGAUCCCUUGGAGGAGAUAGCAGAAACAUCUCCACAAACUGCAGCAAAUUCAGCAGCGGAGCUUCUCAAACAGGGUGCAGCAUGUAAUGUUUGGUACCUGAAUUCGGUGGAGAUGGAGUCACUCACGGGCUACCAGGCAGUACAGAAAGCCUUGAGCCUGACACUGGUGCAGGAUCCCUCUCCCAUCUCAACCGUGGUCCAUUUCAAGGUGUCUGCACAGGGAAUCACAUUGACAGAUAAUCAAAGAAAACUCUUUUUUCGGCGACAUUAUCCAGUCAACAGUGUUAUUUUCUGUGCUUUGGAUCCACAGGACAGAAAAUGGACGAAAGAUGGCCUUUCUGCAAAAGUGUUUGGGUUCGUUGCCAGGAAGCAAGGCAGCACUACAGACAACCUAUGCCACCUAUUUGCAGAGCAUGAUCCAGAGCAACCUGCCAGCGCCAUUGUGAACUUUGUAUCAAAGGUCAUGAUUGGUUCCCUGAAGAAGAUCUGAUGCCUUUCUGUCCUUGACUCAGAGCUCUUCACUGAAGGAAAGCACUGCGAGAGGGAGAAAGCAUAUUCAGCAACAAUGUCUGAACCUUGUCGUUCGCAAGAAGGAAGGCAGAGGACAGUCUAGCUGCAUUGUGUUUGCAAGAGUUCAGCAUUUUCUUUGAAGAUGCCUCUGACUCAACAAAGCAUUAUUUCUUUGUUUUUAUUUCAAAAGAUAAAAGAUAAGAAGCUGAGUGCCACCCAGACCUAUAUAGCCCAUACCUGAAUGAAGCAUAAAUGAAAAACUUUUCCCCUGAAGGGUUUCUAAUAUAUUCUCACAUGCUGUUUUGCAUCAUUUAUCGGAGCAGAAAUACUCACUAGGCUGUGCUACUUUUUAUGCAGAAUACGUUUUGUAUAACCUCCACAAAGACACUUGCCAUAGUUGCAUCAGUGGUAGCUGUAGGCCUUGCAGACAUGCUCUUAAGAGAAUGAUGGUCUGAGGAAGACUAUUUGCUCUUCCCUUCAUCUUCAUGUGAUCGGUGAUGGGAUCUGAAUGGAGAAAGGGGAAGAUGCAGGUGAAGAGAAGGUUUGUGCAAGUUGAUUUCUGAUAAGAAAGGAGUGGCAAUGUGGAAUAUAUGGGGAGAUUGCUCUGUAUUUAGUGUUAAGAAGGCUGGGCUCGUUUAGUUUGAAAAAUUUCAAAUAGGGGAGAGGUGGCAGAACAAAAAAAAAGGUUGCAUGGUAAUCUAUUCUGUAAUGGGGUUUUUUUGUAUUAUUGUUUUUUAUACAGAGAACUAAGCAGGGAAGAUUCUGUAUUUUAAUAACUACAGGAUAAAAAUGAGGGAAAAGCAAAGAAGAAAAUUUUAUAACUUAUAUAUAUUACCUGUUCCAGAUUAUUUAUAGUAGAUCCCAGAUCUUGAUAUGUCAUAUGGAUAUUCUUAAACUAGACCAUUUCUGGGCUUUGCCUCUUCAGUGCUAUUUUCCAUAAGUGUGUAUAGCCUGUGCCUUACUAUAGACAAUAGAGUCUCAUAUUUUGACUUUUGUCUUACAGUGACAUACUUCCCAUUUUUUGUCUCUCCAAUACUGUUGUGGUAGUAACAUUUGUUCCCCUAUCUAAUACAUAAUUAUAUCUGUGGAUUCUUUUGGCCCCCUUUUCAUUAGAGCUUGGAGAUUUUUUGGCUUUUUUAUCUGUAGAUACUGGUUUUGGUUUAUAAUGUUUUUUAAUAAUUCUUUGAGUCAGGAAAUCCAAAAGGGAAUAAGGUUUAUUUUAUUACUCUGUCCCAUUUCUUGAUAGCAUUUGUGUUAUAAUUUCUGCAACCAUCACACUUCUACAUAUCUCUGUCUUCCUAAGCACGCUGAUAUUUUAAAUGCAUAACAAAGUGCUAGUUAGCUUUACAGGAAAUGGAUGCAGUAGAUUACUGUGGAAACCUUCAUGAGGAAGGUAAACUGCUGAGGUUUACUGUGUAAUUCCCAUUCUCUCCAAAAACAGCAGUACUAGACACCCAUAUCAGAACUGAUGGUAAUAAAGCAGGUGCAGUGUGACAGUGCUGAGAAGUUUCAUUGCCUCUAUCUCUUUGAUGUGUAGCUGUCAACAUUACAUUAAUAACCCGAGGAAUAAAAUGACACGCUGAAUUCAGCAUGCUGAUACCUGAGGCACUGGAUUAACUAGGAACUAUACCCACUUGAAGAAUUUAAUCCUUUUAUCCACUUUUACUAAAUAAUGGUUAAAUGGAGUGGGAAAUUCCAGUUGGUCUAUACGGUAAGAAGGUUUCACCAAUUUGAACUGUUUGUUCCGUAUAAAUUAUCGUCUUUUUUUUUUGUUGUUGUUAACAGUUUUCUUUCUAUUUCCAUAAAAUAUUAGGACCAUGGAAGCCUUAUUCGGUGAACAUAGCCAAAAGUGUUACCAAAUUAUUUGGGUAAUAAUGAAUUUUGUAGAAAUAACUUCAUAGCUUUUAAAAGGAAGGGGGUGGGCAGGAGAAGGAGAAGAAAGAUGUGAAGUUUAGUGUAUUUGGUUCAGGAAGUGGUGUGUUAGUAGCAGUGAACAUUGGAUGUGUGUGAAAGGAUGAAGCAAUCCAAAGCAUAGUAGCUACCGUUGAAGCAACGAAGGCAAGUGCCUCUGAUUUGUACCAAAUAAUUCUGUUCUUCUUGCACAGAGUUACACUACUUAAAUGGCGUUUAUGUACCAUCCAAAAAAGAAUGCACUUCUUACUUUUAGGAGCUUUGAUCCUUUUGAAACAUGUGACAACACAUUUCCUUUCUUUUGCUGCACCAAGAAUGGAGUUGCUUAACCUAGUCAGCCAUUUUGGGCAUGUGAAUUUCUUCAGCUGACAUCUCUGUUAGACUUAAGCCUCAAUUAGACUUAAAUCUGAUGUGUUGUGAGCAUUGAAAUGAGGAGAUAUUUUUUACUACAGUUUUUCACUUCUGUAGAUGAUACUUAAAUUUUAGUGUAUCUUGUUAGACACCAAGGGUUGGCCUUUGGGCUGAAAAUAAAGUGGGGUUUUUUUCCGCAUGUAUUAUAAUUUCCAUUCGCAGUCUUAUUCUUUUUUCUUUGUGUUUUCCUAAGACCCACUAAAUUCAAGAGCAUGAGGAGCUGAAUGCUGACACUCCUGGUGGUGUUUCCUGGGAGUUCAGCUCUACUUGGUAAGUGCGGAAAAAAGAAGUUGCCCUGUUUCUAAGGGAGAUUUUCUACUAUGCAUUCCUUUGGAUGGUAUAUUGCCGUGUGCUUUUGCUUUUUAAUUAACUAAAAAAUGCACAAAGCAAAAUAAUUCAGUGUGUACCAUUGUGCAGUGUAUGUAGAAAGUUAUUCACAAAACUUAUGUUCAUGGCAAAUAAAAGACUAAAUAGUUAAUACAGCACUUUCUUUCAAAAUUUUUAGUAGAUGUGUACUUGCAGUUUCAUAACUAAUGGCAGCAAGUUGACACGUAUUUAGCCAGACUCCUAUUAACCUGCUUAGUAAAUGUACUACUAUAAUUGUACAGUGUUAAACUACUAAAAUGCUAAAAGCCAUGUUUUAAAUUAAAUGAAUUCCUUAUAUCCAAAAGUAUCAUUAAAACAUUAGUGUUUCCUUCUUGGAUUUACCUACUGGUGAAAAUUUUUGCCUUUUUCUUGAAACUGUAAAGCAUCAAAAGGUCUCCAGUACAUAAAAAUGAAUGUUCUAUAAAUUCUUUGUAUAGUCAUUUUCUCUGCUCUUUGAAUAUCGCUUCUAUUCAGAUUAUAAUAAAAUUAUGAACAUGAAAUUUCA